ACAAACGAAUUUUCCACUUUUUUUUUUCACUUUUUAACACAUUCUCACACAUAUAUAUCUUCACUUUGUAUUUUCCGGUUUUUGCUCAUACUUGUUGCUCUCUCAUCUGUCAUCUCCAACCCCAUUUUGCUUCUUCUUCUUCUUCCUCUUCUCCUCACACCGCAACACAACAACACUUCAAUCUUCUUCACCCUCCUUGUAAUUUUCCAUCACACACAGCAUAAUCUUCUUGUGAUCAUCGACACAACACCCCAUGUUUCCGUGCUGCUUUGUUUAAUUUAUACUAGUUCGUUGAUCUGGGUGGGUGGCUUCGUCUGGAGAGAAGAAAAGAAAUUGGAUUUUUUUGACAGCAUUCCAGGGCUUAAAAUAUUGUUUCUUUGAGGGGGUUUCAUGGGUUGAACUCCAAGAAUCAUGGGUAGUUUCAGUGAGGAGGAGGAGGAAUGUCGGUUUUUCGAUGCUCAGGAGGAUGUUGUGUCCACUGUGGAUGGAAAUUCUGAUGAUGGUGAUGAUAAUGGGGUGUCUAUUGGUUUUGAUUAUGAAGUUUGGACUCGGAGCCCGAGGAGUGUGAGAGAGCGUAGGGUGAAGUUUAUGAAGAGGAUGGGUCUUGGAAAUUCAGUAGAUUUGUGUAGUGUGGAGUGGGAGGAGGAGGGGGUGAUGGAUAGAGUGGAAGAUAGUAGUGGGGCUGUGACCAGUACCUUUGGUCUUGAAGAGGAGUUUUGUUCGACUCAGGCUUCGGUUUCUCGUUGGCCUCAUGCGAAUUCUUCAGAGGGGUUUGGUUUAGAGGAGAAUUUGCCAUGUCAAGAUGGGAAUUUGGUGAGAGGAGUGGGGUUUAAUGUGAAUAAGGAGGGGAAGGAACAUAUGAAGAUAAGUGGUGGAAGAGAUCUGGGUUCAGAUCAAUUGGUGGCUGUUGCAGAGGAACAGGAGGAUUCUGAGGAUGCCUCUGGGUCUGCGGUGUCUCCUUCCCAACAUAGAGAGUUUGAGAAGAUGGAUGCUGAUGCUGUUUCCCGGAGGACGAACAGUGGUAGAAGGGGUUGGCUCAGGAGAUUGCAGUCCAUAACAUGCAUGAUUGAUAGACAAAGGGAAGGUGAUGAUAAUGGCAGAGAAGGAAGAUGUGCAAUCUCAGGGUGUAGGCUUCAAAAAGUUAAGGUCCGUCAACAUAAGAAGCAAAUGAAGGAACUUUCAUCUCUUGACAUGAGGCAAGAUAUCCAAGCACAUGAAGGUGCAAUUUUGACCAUGAAGUUUAGUCCUGAUGGGCAGUAUCUUGCCAGUGGUGGUGAAGACGGGGUUGUGCGCUUGUGGCAAGUGGUCGAGGAGGAUAGGUGUAAUGAAGUUGACAUUCCAGAAAUUGACCCAUCCUGCAUUUACUUUACAGUGAAUAAUCUCUCUGAAUUGACACCACUGUUUAUGGAUAAGGAAAAAGUUAGCAAACUGAAGAACAUGAAGAAAACAUCAGACUCAGCUUGCAUCGUUUUCCCACCUAAGAUCUUCCGGUUGUCAGACAAACCAUUGCAUGAAUUCCGCGGGCAUAGAAGUGAAGUUUUGGAUCUCUCUUGGUCAAAGAAUAAUCAGUAUCUUCUGUCAUCUUCAGUGGACAAAACUGUCCGGUUAUGGCAAGUGAAUCAUGACCAUUGCUUGAAAGUUUUUUCACACAGUAAUUAUGUGACAUGCAUACAAUUCAAUCCUGUGGAUGAUAAUUAUUUCAUUAGCGGUUCUAUAGAUGGUAAAGUGCGCAUCUGGGCAGUUCCUGAUUGCCAGGUUGUUGAUUGGACUGAUAUCAGAGAUAUAGUGACUGCAGUAUGUUAUCGGCCUGAUGGGGAGGGAGGUAUUAUUGGCUCCUUGGAAGGCAAUUGUCGGUUUUAUAAUAUAUCAGAUAAUCGUUUGCAGUUAGAUUCCCAACUGUGCUUAAUUGGUAAAAAGAAACUUAGUGGCAGAGGGAUAACUGGCUUUCAGUUUAUCCCUCAAGAUUCUAACAAAGUCAUGGUUACCUGUGCUGAUUCACAAGUCAGAAUCCUUGAUGGACUUAAUGUGAUUGGCAAAUAUAAAAGCCUUAACACAGGGAGCCCUAUGUGCGCAUCAAUUACUUCCGAUGGGAAACAUAUUUUAUCAGCAUGUGAGGACUCUAAUGUAUAUUUAUGGAACGUUAGUCAGGAAGAGUCUAAUCCCUUGAAGGCAAAGAAGAUUAGGUCUUGUGAGCGAUUUUUCUCAAAUGCGUCUGUUGCAAUCCCUUGGCAUGGUUUGAAAUCUCAAAUUACUGAAAAUGAACAUCAAUUGGAUGUCUUGGAUAAAAAGUCGCCCCAAGUUGUACAACUCAAUCUACCUGCUUCAUUCUCCCUGGACCAAGAGUUUUUCUUAGAGUCUUUUCCCAAGGGAUCCGCAACUUGGCCUGAGGAGAAGCUUCCCGUUUCAAGCUUGAAGGCUAAAACAUCGGUGUUGCAUAAAUCUGAAUACAAGUUCUUGAAAUCUUCUUGCAAAAGUACCAUGUGCGCCCAUGCGUGGGGUAUGGUCAUCGUGACCGCAGGCUGGGAUGGGAGGAUAAAAUCAUACCACAAUUACGGGUUACCCGUACCUGUCUGAAAAUGAAGUGACUUUUCCUAGGUUGGAGAAUGUGAUCAAGAUUUAUUGCCUUGAUGGACAUGUUGUCCUUAGAAAAUUAGGUGCUGCAAAAAUGUCCUUGGAGGGUUGAGAGUGGUAUUGAAUUUGGCAGCAUCAGUAACAAAAGCAGGUUGAGGUCAAAACCUUCAGCAGGAACUGCAGAUUAGAUGAGUCAUGAGUGGAGAUAUUGGCUUUUGAAGGGGGCCCUAUCAGAUUUCAGGGGAUAUAACUUUGCCUAUUGCUUCAUGCCAAGUGGUGGCACCAUUGUGGUUACUUGUAAGGUGGAUAUUAGCAAGUUUCCAAGCCUAAGCUUGUCUUGGUGACCAGUCUAAAUUGCCUUUUGUUACACAGGAAUCUGCUGGCCCCUAAAAGAGGUGCAGAGACAUGUGUUAAAACUUGGAAGGGGCCCUAUGCAAUAUUAUUUGAUAUGUUGUGGGACAAGGAGCCUUUGUUAACCUCUUGUUUUGCUUAGAUAAGAGGGUGGAGAUUCAAGAGCCAGUGGCUGAAGUUUAACUUGAUCAAAAUGGUUGGGGGGUUGUUCAUGAUUUCAUUAUUGGCAAGGCUAACUAAAUGAAUCUCUGUCUGCCAAUCAUCCAAUCCAUCUCAUGGUAGGGCCGCUUGUGUCCUGGGUUAAGAGCCUGUUUGAUUUGCCAUGGGAAAGUAUGAAAUUGAGAAAAUAACUCAUCCGAAUGCGCUUUUUAUUAAGCGGAGUUUAAUAAUAAGUGCAUCUGAAUGUGUUAUUUUCUCGGUUUCAUACUUUCUAAGGAUAAGCCAUACUUUCUACGGAUAAGCCAGAGGGACUAACUUGCAAGUGUGGUGAGGAAGUGUGUGGCUGUUAUUUCUGCUUGAACAGGUGCUUUUAGCUGUAAUGAUACAAACAGUACACACAGCACGUACAACCAAACUGAUUAAGAUCUUUUUAGUGGCUCGAAGUUUAUCAUAGUGGCCUUUGCAACUGCUGCAGUGCUGACAAAUAUCAUCACUAACAAAUAUUCCAUAUAUGGUCUCAAUGUUAGGCUGACAUCACUUUUAUCAGUUGAGUUACAUUUACAAGUAUCUAGUCCUUUCUAGUUUGUUUAGUUGCUAUUCUAUUCUGAUGUAUAUUUGUAAUUUGCACAUGUAAGUAAAAAUUUGUUAGCUUUGCCUCUGAUUCAUUCUUCAGAGGAAUAGAAGUAAACAGUAGUGUUUACAUUA